AUGGUAGGAUUGCGUUUCGAUCGUCGCCGAGCUCUCGCUACGGGAAUCGCAUUAAGUGGAGCAGGGGUGGGGGUCCUUGUUUUGAGCUACCCAAUCGAGAGGCUUCUGACAGAGUACGGCUGGCGAGGCACAGCGCUAAUAAUCUCCGGCAUCUUCCUGAAUUGCUGCGUUUUCGCAGCCAUGAUCUUUCCCAAGAAAACUUCUGGGAAGCAAGAGGACCCUUCCGUUAUCGCCAAAGACAACUUCGAUAGAAAAGACGAACACCUGGUGUUUCCAUACCGCACAAGGCACGGUGAUAACAAACGGGAUCAGUGUGCUGGGAAUCCUUUAUUACACGGUUCAUUUCCAAUAAUAUAUAUACACACAACACCGACAAGAGCAGAAGAUGACACUAAGGGCAUUGAGUUUCGUCAACAAACCAAAUCAGCUGUGAUUGUCUCCAGCCAGAAUCCGAAGAUCUGGUGCUCCGAACCUCUGCUUUCUUUCAAUCCCACUGAAAAGUUGAGGUCGGUGGAUACACAGCUGGAUGAACAGCGGGACGCAAAGAGGAUUCCACAGGGGACGGAAGGCAAACUGACCUUGUGGUUGAGGAGACACUUGUAUCUGUCAACAAAUGUGUCCUUUCAUAUGCUCCUCUUUGUGAUGUGUCUGUACACUGGUAUGUUCCAGGUGAUCAUGUACCUGCCGGACUUGGCCGUAUCUCGUGGUCUCAGCCGACCAGAAGCCGCUUUGCUGCUCUCCGCGUUUGGCGUCACGAAUGUGAUUGGACGGAUCUUGGUUGGCGCCCUCUCGAACCUCCGGCGCGUGGACAGUACUGUUUUGUACGCCGCAGGGCUUCUCCUGCUGGCUUUGAAUACAACCGUUCUCCCGCACUGCUCAUCUUUGCCUCACUUCGUGACAGCGUCCAUUGUCUUCGGCCUGUGUUGUGCCUCGUGUAUUUCGUUACGUACCGUCGUUAUUGCUGAUGUCAUGAGCAGUGAUCUACUGGUUGACGCCUUCGGUGUCAUAUGUGUGGCUCAGGGCGUUUGUUAUAUGGUUCUGCCAUCUCUGUGUGGUCGCCUCUAUCAGUCAUCUGGAGGGUUCGUCGGUCCGCUCUACCUAAUUGCGGCCAUGUGCGACGCCACCCUCGCUAAGACAAUUGAGGACAGAAAAAGAGUUGUAAAGAAGAGAUCCAAAACUUUGAAUGUUAUGGACAUAGGGCAGGAGACAGAGGUUGAGACGAAUGGGAUGAAUUGUGUGGCAUCAGAAAAAGAAUCAGUUUCCAUGGAGCUACGGGUCCAGAAAGUUCCUUCACAGACUGUAAGCAGUGGAUUGUCCUCAUCCAGGGAUUUCAUGUUUGACCACGGAAGGUUUCACUUCUACAUUGAUCUUGAGAAUUAUGAUCCCUUGAAAACAAUUGUUUACUGUGUAGGGGAGGCUCCUUUAGAUUUAGGUUAUUUCUGCCAUGUCCCCACAAGACCAAUUUUAUCUGACCCUAAUGAAGUUACGCUGAGUUAG